AUGUAGGUAGAAUGUGGUCAAUAGGGUUUGUGUAGCUCGGGCGAUCUCGAUCUGAGAAUGGUGCUGGGGAAGAAGGAGGGCGGCCUCUUCCGCUCCUCCUCUCCGUCUUCCAAUGACCGCUCCAAGCUCGGGCUGGCGAUCCUGGCAGGAAUCAUGGUGGGAGCGCUGUGGGCGUACUUGCAUCCUCACGCAUUCAUGAGCGCCUCCGAGGGCGGCGAUCCGCUGGUGAGCGAGCUGGAGAAGAAGAUCCGAAUGCUGGAGCUCCAAGUGACCACGCUGCGGGGCGAGAACAGCGAGAUUAAGAGCGCGCUCGAUCUGUCCAACCAGGAGAAGAAGUCCGCGCAGCAGCAGCUCAUGGCCUCGCGGAGCCGAGUCAAAGCAGGCAAAUUCGGCACAGUGGCCGGCACCACGACCCAUCCAGAGAUCAUCCCGGAUAAGUCCGUCAACCCGGAGCUAGCCCAGCUGCUCGAGAAGAUCGCCAUCAACCGCGAGCUCAUCGUUGGCGUCUCCAACAAGAACGUAGCUCCAAUGCUCCAGGUAUGGUUUGAGAGUAUCAAGCAGUCCGGGAUCACGAACUACCUCGUCGUCGCGCUGGACGACGAGACUGCCAAGUUUUGCAAGGAUCACGACGUCCCGGCGUACAGGAAGGACGCCACCAUACCCAAGAGCUUGGCCGGGACUGGGGACAACCACGCCAUCUCCGGAACAAAGUUUCACAUCCUGCGAGAGUUCCUCGUGCUGGGAUACAGCGUCUUGCUCUCGGACGUGGACAUCGUCUACCUCCAGAACCCGUUCAAGUUCUUGCAGCGCGACUGCGACGUCGAGGCCAUGACCGACGGCCACACCAACGCCACCGCCUAUGGAUACAACGACGUGUUCGACGAUCCAAAAAUGGGCUGGUCGCGCUACGCGCACACAAUGAGGAUCUGGGUGUUUAACUCGGGGCUGUUCUACUUGCGGCCCACGGUGCCAUCGAUCGAGCUCCUGGACCGGGUGGCGACGAGGCUGGCGAGAGAGAAGGCGUGGGAUCAGGCCGUGAUCAACGAGGAGCUCUUCUUCCCGUCUCGGCCGGGAUACAAUGGCUUGCACGCUUCCAAGCGCGUCAUGGACAGGUUCCUCUUCAUGAACAGCAAGCUACUCUUCACGGACAUUCGUGGAGAUCCAUCGCAGUAUGCCAACUUCCGGCCGGUUACCAUUCACGUCAACUAUCAUCCGGAUAAAUACAACCGGAUGCUGGCCAUUGUUGAUUACUAUGUCAAGGGGAAAAAGGAUGCCCUGGCCAAGUUCCCGGUUGGCUCAGAGUGAUACUGGCCUGGUUGGAUCCGACUGAUCUUGUGAUUGAUAGAUACUCUUUUUUUUUCAAAUUAUAAAAUGAAGACACUGUUUUUGAUUCA